AUGGGUAUGGGUCGAGACUCCCGAAGCGUCUCGAUUGACGUUGUUGAUAUCGAACAGCCAAGCCCAUCGGAGCCCGCAACAGACGCAACAUGCAAAAUCUGUGGGAUAUCUCCGGCUUCUCCGCAUUUCGGAGUUGUCAGUUGUCGGCCUUGUAAGUUUCUGUUUUGUUGGCAGGAAUUAUAUUUGUAAUGUUUUAGGCGCCGCAUUCUUUCGACGAACGGUUGUUUUGAAACGAAGAUAUCAUUGCAACCUGGAAGGCUGUUGUAAUGUGCAUCAUGGUAAGUUCUGUUAAAAUUAUUUAUCUUCUGUUUUUAGAGAAGCGCCCAAUGUGCGCAUGUUGUCGAUAUCAGAAAACUUUGGAGGCUGGAAUGUCAGUGCAAAGUAAGUGAUUUAUCGGACAAGCGUACUACGUAAACCCGGAAAUGCCCAGUGUUUAUUACGGUCUUUAUGAUAUAAUUUAUCCACUUUUCUAUGGUCAAGCCUAUAUUUUUGAUAUUUUACAGACAUCCGUUUCCACUCUGACAAAAUAGGUGCUCCAAAGAAGAAGUCACCAAGAUUACAGUCAAUUCCUCCGGAACCCGAACCCUCAACGUUGCUCACAGAGAUGACGAAAGGCUAUCGAAAAUUUCUCAAAAGGACAAAGGAGCUAUACUAUAUUGUAAACCCCGGGGCCUUAUUUGAAGACAAGAUUGAAUAUAAACCUGCGACCUUGCCAGAACACCUUAUUUUCGACCGGUCUCAACUAUAUUAUAUGCGCAAAAUGUUGGAAAAACAUUUUCAUCCAUUUGGGGAGUUUUCAAAAAAGGAUCGGGUAAGAAACACUUUUAGGACGCAGUAUUUGCAUAUUUUCGAUUAAAAUGUGCGAUGAUAGUGUUUCAGGCCAAGAUUUUCGAACUCUUCCAGCCGUAUUUUACCCGGUUAAACAUGGCGUAUCUAAGUGUUGUCUGUUUUCCUCACAUUCCCAAACGUGUAGCCCUUUUUUAUGGAGGAUAUGUUGACGAAUCGGCACCGGUACUGCUGUAUGCUCAAGAUAAUGCCCCAGAGGAAUCUGCUCGGUGAGGCUCAAAGCAGCAUUGAUUGUUUUUUGCAUUUUUAGCCGGUUUUCCCCAGUAUUGAAGAAGUACGUUGUGAUGACGGAAAAGCUAAAGGAAUUGAAGGCGGAUGAGGCAGAGAUUGCUGCAAUAGCGGGUGUGAUUUUGUGGAGAGAAGGUAAGAUGGACAGUAUUUGUUAAAAGGAUGGUUUUUGAUGUCAUCUUUUAACGAGUGUAUAUACAGAAACCUGACAGCAUAAAGCGAUUACUCCAGGCAUAUCAUUUCUGUUUUUACUCUUUUGAACACAUGUACCGACGUACAUGCAUAAUUUAUGAAGUUUUCAGCCAACAUCCACUUCAAUACGAACAAAUUCAGCGAUCGAAUCGAUCAGAUAAUCGCGGAAAUGUCCAAAUAUUGUAUGGGGAAAUACAGUAAUCACGAAAGCCGCGUGGGGAUCCUCCUAUGUCUCUGCCGAGACCUGGAAGAGCUGAUGAUUGUGAUCAGGGCAUGCGUUGUUUUGGGUGAAAUUAUGAACGAUUACACGAUCCCCUACUUGCAUGAGGAUGUAUUCAAACUGGCUGAAACCCGGACCUCGCAAUAG